AAUAAAUAGACGAUCAAUUCACAUUUUGAUUCUAAACGAAAUCAAAUCCUACUCGAGACUCGUAGUAUUUGAAAAGAUAUCGUUAGGGAACACCAACUUUGUAAGUCUUCGACCGAAGUAUUGAUCAGAAGUGGUCUGUGAGGCGGGAGGUCCUUUCCCAUUUUAGUUCGGAAACAUGGCUGACGAUAACGCGCAACAGCGGGCCGCUGACGAUGGAAUUCAAGAGUCAUCUGUGGACAGGAGGAGGUCGACGCAGCCUCAGGUAGCCCCAAUACUGAAAAAGCCGUCAGAGGAGCCGAAGCAGCCAUCAGCUAGAAUUCAGAAAACCACCUUUGCUGAACAGCAGCCUGCAAAGGAAACUGAUAUUUUAGUUGAUAAACCACCUCAAAAAGGCAAAAUGGCUAAUGAUAAAAAGACAAAGAAGGAUAAGAAGGGAAAGAAGAAGGAUAUGAAUGAAUUGAAGAAGGAAUUAGAUAUGGUAGAACACUCCAUUCCACUGGAAGAACUUAUCAGCAGACUCCAAACAGAUCCUGUCAAGGGUCUCACGGAAAAACAGGCUGCUGAGUUUCUAGCAAGAGAUGGACCUAAUUGUCUUACUCCACCAAAAACAACUCCAGAAUGGAUUAAGUUUUGCAAAAAUCUUUUUGGUGGUUUUGCAACUCUCCUCUGGAUCGGUUCAAUUUUAUGUUUUGCUGCAUUCACUGUGGAGUCGACACAAUCUAGUGAUCCGAAUAAGGAUAAUUUAUAUCUUGGUGUGGUGCUUGCAGCUGUCGUUAUCAUCACUGGCUGCUUUCAAUACUAUCAAGAAUCAAAAAGUUCUAAAAUUAUGGAAUCUUUCAAAAACAUGGUGCCACAGCAAUGUUUGGUUAUUCGAGAUGGCAAAAAGAUGCAAAUUCUGGCUGAAAAUGUCGUGUUGGGUGACCUUGUUGAAGUAAAGGGCGGUGAUAGAAUUCCAGCCGAUAUUCGUAUUGUCUCUGCCCAUGGAAUGAAGGUUGACAACUCUUCCCUUACUGGAGAAUCUGAGCCUCAGAGCAGGUCACCAGAAUGCACGAAUACCAACCCUCUCGAAACAAGAAACAUUGGCUUUUUCUCAACAAAUUGUGUAGAAGGUACAGCUCAAGGUAUUGCCAUAAAACGAGGAGAUAAUACAGUAAUGGGAAGAAUUGCUUCUUUAGCUACUGGUAUCGAUUCAGGAAUGACUCCAAUUGCCAUAGAAAUUGAGCAUUUCAUCCACAUGAUUUCAGGAGUUGCCGUGUUUCUUGGAGUUUCCUUCUUCGUUAUUUCUCUCAUCUUGAAAUACUCUCCAUUGGAGGCUGUUGUUUUCCUUAUCGGAAUUAUUGUCGCCAAUGUACCGGAAGGUCUUCUUGCCACUGUCACUGUAUGCUUGACUUUGACUGCCAAACGUAUGGCUCGCAAAAAUUGCCUUGUAAAGAAUUUGGAAGCUGUUGAAACUCUCGGAUCAACUUCAACCAUCUGCUCUGACAAAACUGGAACUCUCACCCAGAACAGAAUGACAGUCGCUCAUAUGUGGUUUGACAAUGGCAUUGUGGAAGCUGACACAACUGAAGAUCAAUCUGGUGCUAGCUAUGACACAAAGUCUGAAACAUGGGUUGCACUUUCUCGUAUUGCUACUCUCUGCAAUCGUGCUUCAUUCCUUCCUAACCAGGAUAACAUCCCUGUUCUGAAGCGAGACACUGCAGGUGACGCUUCUGAAUCUGCUCUGCUCAAAUGUGUUGAACUCUCAUUGGGUGAUGUAGAAGGACGUAGAUUGAGAAAUGCUAAAAUAGCUGAAAUUCCAUUCAACUCUACUAACAAAUAUCAAGUAUCCAUUCACGAGACCGAAGAUCCAAAUGACAACCGAUAUUUGUUGGUUAUGAAAGGAGCACCUGAACGUAUUUUGGACAGAUGCAGUAAGAUUAUGCACAAGGGAGAAGUUGAAGAAAUGAAUGAUGAAUGGAGAGAAAAUUUCAACAGUGCUUACAUGGAAUUGGGUGGACUAGGAGAACGUGUACUUGGUUUCUGCCAUGAAUAUCUCCCAACUGACCAAUUUCCACCAGGCUUCAAAUUCGAUACUGAUGACGUCAACUUCCCUCUGGACAACUUGACAUUUGUUGGACUCCUGUCUAUGAUCGAUCCUCCUCGUGCCGCCGUACCUGAUGCCGUUGGAAAAUGUAGAAGUGCCGGAAUCAAGGUUAUCAUGGUUACUGGUGAUCACCCGAUUACAGCAAAAGCUAUCGCUAAAGGUGUCGGAAUCAUUUCGGAAGGCAACGAGACAGUCGAAGAUAUUGCCGAACGAUUGAACAUAUCUGUAGAUGAAGUCAACCCAAGAGAUGCCAAGGCUUGCGUUGUUCACGGAUCUCAACUUCGUGAUUUGAGCGAAUCCGAAAUUGACGAUAUUUUGAAAUACCACACCGAAAUUGUGUUUGCCCGUACCUCGCCUCAGCAGAAACUUAUCAUCGUUGAAGGAUGCCAAAGACAGGGAGCCAUUGUUGCCGUGACUGGAGAUGGUGUGAACGAUUCUCCCGCUUUGAAACGAGCUGACAUUGGUGUAGCUAUGGGUAUCGCUGGAAGUGACGUGUCAAAACAAGCCGCUGACAUGAUCUUGUUGGACGACAAUUUUGCCUCCAUCGUUACUGGUGUAGAAGAAGGUCGUUUGAUUUUCGACAACUUGAAGAAGUCAAUUGCAUACACCCUGACAUCAAACAUUCCUGAGAUUUCUCCUUUCCUCCUCUUUAUCGUCUGCAACAUCCCUCUGCCCCUUGGAACCAUUACCAUUCUCUGCAUUGAUUUGGGAACCGAUUUGUUGCCCGCCAUCUCUCUUGCAUACGAAAGCGCCGAAAGUGACAUCAUGAAACGUCAACCACGUGACCCCAUCGGCGACAGACUUGUCAACGAACGUCUUAUUUCAAUGGCUUACGGACAAAUCGGAAUGCUGCAAGCGUUGGCGGGUUUUGUCAACUAUUUCAUUAUUAUGAUGAUGAACGGAUUCUUCCCAAGUCUGCUUGUCGGGCUGAGACUUCGCUGGGACGACAAAGCAAACAACCAACUUGAAGAUUCCUACGGACAAGAAUGGAGUUACCGCCAGCGCAAGAUUAUUGAAUUUACUUGCCACACCGCUUUCUUCACAUCCAUCGUCGUUGUGCAAUGGGCCGAUCUCCUCAUUUGCAAAACACGUCGUCUGUCCAUCUUCCAACAAGGAAUGAGAAACAAGGUCUUGAUUGCCGGUCUUUUCGAAGAAACCCUCCUCGCCACCUUCCUGUCUUAUUGCCCCGGUAUGGAUGUCGCUCUCCGUAUGUACCCGCUUGAAUGGGAUUGGUGGAUAGUACCCAUGCCAUUCUCUCUCAUUAUUUUCUUGUACGACGAAGGACGCAAAUAUCUAAUUCGAAGAUACCCAGGAGGUUGGGUCGAAGGCGAAACAUACUAUUAACGUCGGCUUUACUCCAUUUCCCCACCAGCCCCAUCCCCACAAUUUCUCUAUUUUUAAUAUGUCCGCCUCCGAAAUGACACCACCUAGCGACGUCAUCAACUUCUGAUGUCAUCAACGGCGACAAUUGUGACGUCAACGGACCUUAUAGUUUAAGUCUAAUGGCAACGUCAAUCGAACGUUUUUUAAUCUUAAUUUAAGAAAUAAUUUCAAUUUGUAAUUUUGAGCGUGAGAGUGACUAUUUAUUUGAUCCUGUUUAGGCAUGUAUGUAUAUUGCCCUGCCCGUAAACUUUAAAAUAAAAUAUUAUUAUCACACCUUUCGUUUGAUAACCCUAGGAAUAAAUAAUACUUGGUUUAAAAUUACGAAGUAGUUACGAUUUUUAGAAGGUUGAAUUGGCAUUUGGAAUACUUCUACUAUGUUUAUUUUUAUUCUUUAUAUUACCCGUUUAGUAUUGGAUCUCGUAUGGUCAAGUUUGGAUUGUGAUAAUGAUUUCUAUUGCCGUCCUCAUUUGGUCGAUUACGUCGAUCUAGUACUAAACUCGGUAUUGCUGUUUUGUUGUUUCUCAUCCAUACUGAAAUGUUAUGUUUUAUUUUUUUCGUGUUAUUUUUGGCCUAUAUCAUAGAGCAUUGAUUGUUUCACUUCUCGACUUUCCUAUAGAAAAUUCACAUACAGUGCGAUCGCUCUCGAUCAGUCGCAGUUCGAUCACUAAUAAAUGCAUGCUUAUAAUCAAUUUCCAGUUUUUAUGCCAGUUUUUAACAAUUUUAACACAUAACCCUGUCAGAGGUACUACUACUACUUUGUCGAGUGUGGUCUAUAGGUGCGUAGUUAGUUGAGUCGCUGUUAUGCCCUGGAGAUUUAAUAACUAGAAAUUCUAAUGACGAUACGACUCCGACGAAACAUUGUCCAUCCACUGAUUCCCCGCUUUCUAUUUCGCAUGUAACACUCUUCACCUCUUUGUUUUUGAUUGGUCAAAAUAAUUGUUUUUUGAAAAUUACCCGCCUAAUUUAUUGUAAUCUUUUAGUCUUAUUGUUUGGCCAUAGAUCAUCAGGUUGCACGUUAGAUUUUACAAAUUUUAGGUAAAUAAUUGGCUACAUGCACAGUAGCGGAAAUAUGUUUUCCCCCCUGAACUGGUUUGUUCGAAAAUUUUCACGUUGCUCAUUGGCUAAUUGGAACAAUAGGUAUUACCAUGUCAUAAGAGAUUCGUCAGUAGUUUUCCGUGGCGUCAAGGACGUGAUUUUUAGGGUGGUUCCUAGCUAUUGGUGCCCGUGUCUGGUUCAAAUUAACUGUGAAAUAUCUAGUAAAUAUAUAAAGUAAGCCGCAUGAUUUUCUUUUGAUCAGUGGUGUUAUCGAAAUCCCGUCCCCAAUGUCCCAAAGUUAUGUCUGUUUGUCGGACAGUUAAUGACAAUAAAUUUGAUACCUUUAUUUCG